AUGUUCAACCUCCGGGUGCUUUGCCAGGAUCAACCUCAGCGGACAAUUGCACUGGUGACCUCUGACCAUGUCUUGAUCUUUCACUAUAGCAUAGCCGAUAGCGGAGCCAAGGUUGCUCCACGCUGUCAAGUUGAAUUCUCAGAAGUGGCAUCUGUGGAUCUUACAGGGUAUCGGCCGCUCGGCGCAGGUUAUGGUACCCUUGGUCUAAUCACAUUGAACGAAGAUGUUUUUCUUUGUGUGGUAACCGGCUCUUCUCAGGCUGCUUCCGUGAGACCCGGCGAGACCAUUUCCAGAAUUGAUAAUGUAGACUUUUAUUGUCUCAACCGUUCAGAAUAUGAAUAUGGCAUAGACUAUGAGGCUGGCUCUCAGUUCGCUGCCGAGGAGCGGGCGGGCGCAGAAGGGAAAGAAAUGACGACUGACCAUCCUUUUCUGGCAUUGAAGAAGCUCCUCGGAGAUGGAAGUUUCUAUUACAGCCUCGACUUCAACCUGACCGAUCGCUUACAGGACCGAUCGGAUAAAUCAGCGGCCUUCGAUAUCGACACCCUGGAUGAAGACAUGCUGUGGAACUCUUACAUGAUCAAUCCUCUUCUUUUGUUUCGAAGCCAUUUGCCGCCUUUAGACAAGGUCAAAUUAGACGCUUCUCAGCUGCUAACAUGCGUCAUUCGGGGGCACGCCAGUACACUCAAGCUCCCAGCAACCAUCUCCAUUCUCCCCCAAUUACGGACCAAUUUCCCCUCAUUAUUAACCAUCAUUUCUCGGCAAUCCUCGCGGCGUGCUGGAACAAGAUUCAAUUCGCGCGGCAUCGACGAUGAUGGCAAUGUGGCUAAUUCUGUAGAGACGGAAGUGGUGCUCUGGGUUGCACCGGGGAUUACGUUCUCAUAUGUGCAAGUUAGAGGCUCGGUCCCGAUAUUCUGGGAACAAACCCCUGGUCUGAUUCCAGGGCAGCAGAAGAUCGAGGUGACACGGUCGAGCGAAGCAACACAACAUGCGUUCAAUCGGCAUUUUGAGGCCCUUGAGCUAGAAUAUGGGGCGGUCCAUGUUGUCAAUCUUCUCAGUGAACUCAAAUCCGGAGAGGCAGAGCUGUCGGCCAAGUUUAGAGAGCACAUAUCCCGAAGCUCACUCAGGCGGAAAGAAGGUCCCUCGAAAGCUUUACAGCACAGCCUUCUUCGAAUAACAGAGUAUGAUUUUCUUGCGGAGACCAGAGGCCCCUCCGGAUAUGAAGCAAGUAAUCAAAUCAAAUAUGAGCUGGCAGAUUCUUCAGAUGGGUUUGCCUAUUUUCUUGCAGAGGAUGCCACCCGUCCCGCAACAUCCAUUUUGGAUCGAGAAGAUGUAGUCAGCAGCUCUUCUGUGAUUCUACAGCAAGAGGGUGUCUUCCGAACAAACUGUUUGGACUGUCUGGACCGAACCAAUCUAGUCCAGACCAUUAUUAGCUCCAUGGCACUUGAAUCGUUUCUCUCCCAGAAUGGCGGAAGGUUUGGUUCUGACAUCCAGAUGCGACACUCAACCCUCUGGGCCGACAAUGGAGAUGCUCUCUCGAAGAUUUAUGCCGGUACGGGGGCCCUCAAAUCAUCCUUCACACGCCAUGGAAAAAUGUCACUUGCUGGAGCACUCGCAGAUGCUCGUAAAAGCGCCACUCGGCUCUAUGUUAACAACUUUACCGACAAGGCCAGGCAAAGGACAAUUGAUCUCCUCUUAGGUCGACUAGCAAAUCAAAUCCCGGUCCACUUAUAUGACCCUAUGAAUGACUUGGUCACUGAAGAGCUGAGCCGACGCGCUUCCGAAUACUCCUCUACUAAACAUGUUCGUCUCUGGGUUGGGACAUUCAAUGUGAAUGGCCGCGAUGAAGGCCCGGGAACAGAUCUCACGCCGUGGCUUUUCCCCAAAGCCGACCAAUCCAAUGAAGAUCCUACGAUUUUCGCAGUUGGGUUUCAGGAAAUAGUAGAGUUGAGCCCUCAGCAGAUCAUGUCGACAAAUCCAAGUAAUCGAAAAGUUUGGGAGAAAGCCGUGCAAAACUGUUUAAAUGAACGAACAAGGUCAAAGGGGACCAGCAAAUAUGUUUUGUUGAGAAGCGGACAGCUUGUAGGAGCCGCUCUGAUGAUCUACGUGAAAGCUGAUGUUCUAAAAGGCAUCAAGAACGUUGAAGGAACUGUCAAGAAGACCGGUUUAUCCGGAAUUGCUGGCAACAAGGGGGGUUGCGCCAUCCGAUUUGAUUUCUCAAACACUAGUAUCUGCUUCAUCACGGCUCAUCUGGCCGCUGGAUUUGCGAACUAUGAGGAGAGAAACAGAGAUUAUGAAACUAUCGACCAAGGACUACGGUUUCAAAAGAAUCGAUCCAUUGCCGAUCACGACUCAGUCAUUUGGCUCGGGGACUUCAACUACCGAAUUGGUUUAAAUAACCAGAUCGUUAGAGAGCUCGUAAUGCAGCAUGACUACCAGAAACUUUAUGAUAAUGACCAGCUGAAUCUGCAAAUGAUUGCCGGAAGAGCCUUUCAAUUCUACUCUGAAGGAUCCAUCAAUUUUGCUCCGACCUACAAAUAUGAUGUCGGAACGGAUCAAUAUGACACUUCUGAGAAGGGACGCAUUCCUGCGUGGUGCGACCGAAUCCUUUGGAGAGGUGCCAACGUAAGGCAAACUCAGUAUAACGUUGCAGAUCUGCGAGUGUCUGAUCAUCGGCCGGUUUUUGCAACUUUCGACUUAACAAUUAACGUCGUUGACCUUGGGCUAAAAGAAAACCUGAGGCGCUCGUUAUAUGGAGAGAAACAGCGCUAUGCACUCUCUGAGUCAGGCCAUCUCUCUGAUCGAAGUCGAUGGUGGCUGGGUAGUGGGGUGUCCGUUAAAGCAGCUUUGCAGCCACCUGAAGAGGAUUAUAUCCCAAACAUCCAGCGCAGAUCCAAUCCGUUUUCCCCAGACCGUGAACCUGACUGGGUUAUGGAUACAAGCGUAAUGAGACAGGAUACAGGCACUGUCUCUUCCAGGAAGCCUAUCCAGCCUGGCGGUGCACGCUUGGAUGGAUUGCAGGGGGGCAUUGCGUCUGCUGGUGGAAGGGAGCCAAAUACAGAUAAAUCACCACCAGCCGUUCCUCGAAAACCACUAUUACUGAGUUCUCAUCCUGCCCGCCAAACCACGGCCUCAGGCUCUGGCCAGAGUCAGGGCAUGGAAUCACAGGGUAUCUGGGGCCGAGAGGAAUCAGCCGGAUCUCCUGGUGUUACUGACCUACUGGCGGAUGCUACAGGGGAGCAAAUCGAAUGGAAGCCACUUAUACCGCAACGAUGA